CUGCUGCUGCUGCUGCUGCUGGAGCAAAGAAUGCUCUCCUCAUCUUCUCCACCCUCGGGGCUGCUAGAGAAGGUUUUCCAGUACAUAGACCUCCACCAGGAUGAGUUCGUGCAGAGCCUGAAGGAAUGGGUGGCUAUUGAGAGUGACUCUGUACAGCCUAUGCCUCAUCUCAGACAGGAGCUCUUCAGGAUGAUGGCCCUGGCUGCAGACAAGCUCCGGCACCUGGGAGCUAGGGUGGAUUCUGUGGACUUGGGUUCUCAACAGAUGCCUGAUGGUCAGUGUCUUCCCAUUCCUCCCAUCAUAUUGGCUGGGCUGGGAAAUGAUCCUAAGAAGCCUACCGUGUGCUUCUAUGGGCACCUGGAUGUUCAGCCAGCUCAAAAGGAUGACGGGUGGCUCACGGACCCCUACACACUCACAGAGGUGGAUGGAAAGUUAUAUGGAAGAGGUGCAACAGACAACAAAGGCCCUGUCUUGGCUUGGAUUAAUGCUGUGGGUACCUUCAGAGCUCUGAAGCAGGAUCUUCCUGUGAACGUCAAGUUCAUCCUGGAAGGGAUGGAGGAGGCUGGAUCUGUUGCCCUGGAAGAGCUGGUCAGAAGAGAAAAGGACCACUUCUUCUCUAGUGUGGACUACAUUGUGAUUUCAGACAACCUGUGGAUCAGCCAGAAGAAGCCUGCGCUCACUUUUGGAACCCGUGGGAACUGCUACUUCAUGGUGGAGGUUAAGUGUAGAGAACAAGAUUUUCAUUCUGGGACCUUUGGUGGCAUCCUUAACGAACCAAUGGCUGAUUUGGUUGCUCUUCUAGGCAGCCUGGUAGAUUCAUCAGGCCACAUCCUGAUUCCUGGAAUCUAUGAUCAAAUGGCCCCUCUUACAGAGGAGGAAAAAACAAUGUAUAGAAACAUUGAUCUGGACAUGGAAGAAUACCAGAAGAGCAGCCAAGUUGAGAAAUUUCUGUUUGAUACCAAGGAGGAACUCCUGAUGCACCUAUGGAGGUAUCCAUCUCUCUCUAUCCAUGGCAUUGAGGGUGCGUUUGAUGAGCCUGGAACUAAAACAGUCAUCCCCGGCCGAGUCAUAGGAAAAUUUUCAAUCCGCCUAGUCCCUCACAUGAAUCUGUCUGUGGUGGAAAAACAGGUGAAGCAACAUCUGGAAGCUGUGUUCGCCAAAAGAAACAGUUUCAACAAGAUGACUGUGUCCAUGGUACUAGGACUCCAACCUUGGACUGCGAACAUCAAUGAUACUCAGUAUCUCGCAGCAAAAAGAGCCAUCAAAACAGUGUUUGGGGUAGAUCCUGACAUGAUCCAGGAUGGGUCAACCAUUCCAAUUGCUAAGUUAUUCCAGGCUAUUACACAAAAGAGUGUAAUGAUGCUCCCGUUGGGGGCUGUGGAUGACGGAGAACACUCUCAGAAUGAGAAGAUUAACAGGUGGAACUACAUACAGGGUUCCAAAUUAUUCGCUGCCUUUUUCCUGGAGUUGUCAAAGCUGCACUUGUGACAACAGGUGCCUUCCGAUGUCUUCUGACCCACUGACAGGUCUCCCCACUCAGACCCUGGCAAAGCUGGAGUUG